AUGAUUCGGUCUGAGCCUGUGAUCGAACCAGAGCCGUCCAGGCUCACAAGCGUCACCUCUUUGGCUUCUGUGGCGAAGAAGGACAUGGUGAGAGCUGUUCCCUUGGAUUUGUGCUUGCAGCGAUGGGGCAUCCAUUUCCGCACGACACCAGAGGAUGCAGCCGUGGACAACUUUGAGCUCAGCCAGCCAUGCGAACACAUUGAUGCCUUCCUGAGUCACGAUUGGAAAACAUCGCGUGUCUCAAAGACCAUAGCUUUGCUUUUGAUCUUCAACAGCUUGCCCGCUUCUUUGGUUGCUUUAUGCGCAAGCCUCCUGACUUCGGGGAUGAUUUCAAUGGAGUGGCUUCCAGGGGGCUGGAUGACUGCGAGCGCAGCCACUCACGCAGUAUUCUUUUUCUUUCUAUUCUUUUGGCAACGCCUCCGGCGACUCCUUUGUUUCACACCUGCCAUGGUGUUUUUGGAUCGGCUUUGCAUUGCGCAGAAGGACGAGCACCUUAAACAAGAAGGAAUAUUCAAUUUGGCCGGCAUUCUGGCAAAAUCCCGGAAGCUGGUGAUUUUGUGGUCGCCCAGAUACUUCACCCGGCUUUGGUGCGCCUUCGAGCUAUCCACCUUCCUGAAGGAUGAGAACCGGGUGAAGCACAUCGAAUUCAUGCCAGCAUCCAUGGCUUUGCUACUGUGGUCCGCUUCGGUGGUGAACAUGAUUGGCUUUUCACUUUGGCAAUGGGUCACUCAUCGAAACCAUGUGGGUAGUCUUUACCGACCAGCAGGGUGGAGCCUGAAUGGCAUCCUCAUCAACUGGUUGGCCCUCACAGUGUCCAUGUUUUUUGUGAUGACUGUGCCCAUUUAUUUUGGUAUUCAACACAUGCGGAACCUUCUGAAGUUGGAGGAGCAGAUGACCAGUUUUAGCAUCAAGGCAUCUGAGUGCACUUGCUGUGCGCUGAACCACUGCAAUCCAGCAACAGGGGAACGGCUACUUUGUGACCGAGAAGUUGUCUUCCGAACCUUGAAAAGAUGGUACGAGGAGACAGGGGAAGGUGAUCAUUUAGACCACUUUGACAGCAUUGUCCAAAAGCAGCUGAGCAGCUCAGUGCUCCAGGUGGUUGGAUCAGGGGCCCCAUCCCGGCGCUACGUGCUGGCCAUGGUUGGAACCCCAUCACUGGCCGUUUGGCCACAGUAUGUCUAUUUACGCCAUUCUGAAAUAACGUGGUUUGCCACCAAGUGGGCCAUUGACUUUUGGAAAGUUCCAGCAGUGGCGCUUUGGACCUUUUGGGUCCUUGUGCUUUCCUGGAGGACUGGUGCAGCCUUGUCCCGGCGCUGUCCGAUGUGGAUGGUCGUUCCAGUUGUGGACAUGAUGGGUUGUGCUUUGAUUGGAGUGGUGUGGGCACCCUACGAAAUAGUGAAUGAGAGGUAUCGAGAUACUACUGUCUUGACGCUUUCAGUGCUGUUGUUUUGGAGCUUGGUCCUUGCUGCGUACGGCCUGGUGUACCAUCAAAGGAAAUGUCGUUUGUGA